UGGAGAAAAACCAAAAAGGUCCUACAUUAAAAAAUAAGAAAACAGGAAAACAUGAAAAGGAACACAAUAGGAAUCAUCAGAACCAAAAGUGGGAAAAGGGAAAUGGAGGAAAAGAUUAUUGGUAAACUUUUUAAAAAUACUUUAUUUUAAGAGGGUGAGACAGAGCCACAAGAGAUUCAAUCAAUGAAAGAUAUAUGAUAUAUAAGUGGAUCCACCCCAUACCCAACGAAACCCCAUUAUAGAUAUCUAAGGCUUUAGAAUAAAUUUGAUUAGUGUGCAGUACCAACCACAACCAAACUUUGUUGUGCUUUUCUUGCUUAGUUGCAGUGAGUUUUGACUAUUUGGCAAAGAGUUUGUGAGAUCUGAAAAAGUGACACAAAUGGGUGUCAAUGUGGGGGUUUUUUGUGCUGUGUUUGUAUUGGCAACACAAGCAAUAGGGGUUCCUGCAAUUGCACCGUGGAAGAAGCUGCAUGCACCAUGGAAGAAGCAUCCUAAAGGAAAUAACUUGCCCCAAAAGCGAACUCUCCCCAUUGAUACCGUAUUCAAACUUCAUGCCCCUAUUACAACUUCUUCUUGGCCUCCAGGUGGUAAUUUUGCAACUGAAAUAAUUGAUCUUGGUGGGCUGCAAGUGUCUGAAAUAUCAACAUUCAACAAAAUUUGGGGCACCUAUGGUGGUGGACCUGAUGAUCAAGGUUUCACAAUUUUUGAACCAUCAGGAAUACCACAAGGUUUCUUUAUGUUGGGUAGCUAUAGCCAACCCAACAACAAGCCUCUUUUUGGAUGGGUUCUGGCGGCAAAAGAUCUAUCUACAAACACCAGUAACCCCACUUUAAAACCACCAAUUGAUUACAUGCUUGUAUGGAACAGUGCAUCUGACGAUGGUCCCAUCUAUGUUUGGCUACCAACAGCACCUGAUGGGUACAAAGCUGUAGGUCAUGUUGUCACCACCACACCAAAUAAGCCUUCCCUUGACAAAAUCAGGUGUGUCAGGUUAGACUUCACUGACCAAAGUGAGACAAGUUCAUUGAUUUGGGGAUCAGACAACUUUAACGUUUAUGAUGUUAGACCAAGCAAUAGGGGAAUCCAAGAUCCUGGUGUUAGAGUAGGCACCUUUGUUGUACAAAAUGGGAGUUCUAGCAGUCCAUCUAUUGCUUGCUUGAAAAACACCAAUUCUAUCCCAAAAUACAUGCCUACCCUACAACAAAUCACGACAAUACUCCAAGUUUACUCUCCAGUUAUGUACUUGCAUCCUGAUGAAGUAUACUUUCCAUCUUCUGUGGAGUGGUUUUUCUCCAAUGGGGCACUUCUAUACAAGAAAGAUCAAGAGUCAAGUCCUAUCUCAAUAGCACCAAAUGGCACUAACCUACCUCAGGAUCCUCACAAUGACGGUGCCUAUUGGUUGGACCUUCCUGUUGAUUCAACUAAAAGAGAGAGGGUCAUGAUGGGAGAUUUGCUAAGUGCUAAAAGUUAUGUACAUGUGAAACCAAUGCUUGGAGGAACCUUCACUGACAUUGCCAUAUGGGUAUUCUACCCUUUCAAUGGACCCGCAAGAGCAAAAGUAGAGUUCCUCACUAUUAAUUUGGGGAAGAUAGGUGAACAUGUCGGUGAUUGGGAGCAUGUGACACUAAGGGUAAGUAACUUCAAUGGUGAACUAAAGCAUGUUUAUUUCUCACAACAUAGUAAAGGUAUGUGGCUUGAUUCCUCCCAACUUGAGUUCCAAAGUGGCAACAAACCACUAUAUUAUUCUUCUUUGCAUGGCCAUGCAUCAUACCCACAUGAAGGCCUUAAUUUGAUAGGGUCAAAUAAAGUAGGCAUAAGGAAUGACACUGCUAAAGGUGACAAUUUCAUGGAUAUGGGGGCAUUUGAAUUAGUUUCUGUUGGGUAUUUGGGUUCUGAUGUUGUAGAGCCUCCAUGGUUGAAUUACUUUAGGGAAUGGGGUCCUAAAAUUGAUUAUACUAUAGAUGAAGAGUUGAAGAAGCUUGAGAAGUUAUUGCCAGGAAAACUUAAAUCUGCUUUGGAAGACAUCGUGAGGAGUUUGCCUAGUGAGGUGUUGGGAGAGGAAGGACCCACAGGUCCAAAGGAGAAAGAUAAUUGGAGUGGAGAUGAAAGGUGAAGAUUAUAGAGUUUAGUUAAAUUAAUUGUUUCAAACUACAAAAUAAUUUGUGGCGAUGUUAAUUAAUAAUAUUAUUGUGUUCAAAGUGGAA